UUUAGAUUUUUCAAAAAUCUUUUCUCUCGUUUUUCUUGCUAAAUGAAGUCUUAUCUUCUACCGUAAUUGAUUGUGAUAAUCCCCUCCCCCCCGUUAUUGUCCGAUUUGACCGGAGAACCUUUACUACCGGAGAUUUGUACGAUCGGAUUUUCCGGUCAAAGUGGACACUUGACCGCGACGGGAUAGGGUGACCAUUCAAUAUAUAUUCCGGUACAAACGUCAACCUCACAUCAGUUCAAUACCAACCAUUGGUUUAGAAAAGUCUUAGAAUGCAUUCGUUUAUUUGUAUUCUUCUUUCCCUGCUUAGAAGCAUCAAUGCUUUUAAACCUGCAUUACCCAGCACCAAUUCUAUUGUACCUUCGACCGAUUUAUCCAUCUCUCAGAGUGUGGCUGCCGGUUCCCACCUUGCCAUGGAACAGUGUUCCAAAAUGUUCCGUAAUCAAGUCUGGAACUGUCCUGCUUCUAUGUUCCAACCUAACUUCGGAAUAUCUACAAGAGAAUCUGCUCUAAUUCAGGCGAUCCUCAGCGCUGGUAUCAUCCACACCGUGUCUAGGAACUGCUCGGCGGGUGAGCUAGAUGGUUGUGGGUGUGGUAGAAACUCCCCUGUCACAGAUGAAUCCUGGGAGUGGGCGGGUUGUUCGGAUAAUCUCGCCUUUGCGGAUUCUGUUUCUGAGAAAUUUCUUCCAGGUGGUUCCUUAACACAGCAUCAUAAUCUUGAGGCGGGUAAGGUUGCGGUGAGGAAGUCAAUGCGCCGGGUUUGCAAAUGUCACGGUGUUUCCGGUUCCUGUGCUGUCCAAACCUGUUGGAAAUCCGUUGGAGAUUUCAACUCCGUGGGACGCUACCUUCGUCGUCGCCACAAAGAUGCAGUUCAUGUUGGAACCGGAGGAUCAGGUUUAACCACCCUCUCCGAUCCUUCUCUCAACAAAAUCAUCUUCAGUCGGGCCAGCAGAGAUCGUCGUACUGUGCCAGCAAUCAAGAAACGCAAGCUUGUAUUUCUCCAACCCUCUCCUAACUACUGUAUCGCCAACCCUGCUCUCCGAGUACCCGGAGUAAAGGGACGGGUCUGCUCCGUAUCUCCAGAGUCCAAGUCUAAAACCAAGGAUAUAAAGAAAUGUUCUGAUGUGUGUACUGGAUGUGGUCUCGACGCCAGGAAAGAGGUUAAGCUUGUCUCGACCUCGUGUAACUGUAAGUUUGAAUGGUGCUGUAAUCUCAAGUGUGAGACAUGUACUAGAGAACAGAUUACUAUAACUUGUGUACGCAAGACCAAGAAGAACCCGAUAAAUCUGUCAAACAGUACAUAACGUGUACAUAAUUGUGCCAUUAAAAUGUUAUCUGAACAAAACCAGUAAAUAAAAAAUAUUUUUCCUGAAAUAAAAACGUGUCGUAUUUCUUCGUAUUGUAUUUU